AUGUCUGAUGAACGUAAUGAAAGGCUACAAAUGCCAUCUGAGGAAGCUCGAAGUCUGCCGCCGGAACCCAAGAAUGGCCUGGGCAUAAAACCUCCAGUGGUCAAGAUAAACCAGGUGGACAAGCAUAGUGAUCCAAUUAAGUCGCUACGAAGUAACAUACUACAAAGUUUGGAUGUCGGACCAGAAACUGUGGAACAAAUGAAUCUAAUAGAAAAGGAUUCAUUUGAUAAAUACCUAACGCUAUUACUGGAAAAGGAACGCUAUAAAGUGGAACAUUUGAAAGAAGCAAAUCUGAAUAAAUUGAAUAUGAUUAUUGACAAAUGCAUAUCGUCUGAUAAAUUUUCUGUCUUGACCAUCGAGAAGAUCCUAACAUUUAUUACUCCUUCUCCAGAAAACGAGAAUGUAAUACCCAAAUCGGCAUCUUCGAUACUAUCAAACAUGAGGACGAAAAGAGGGAAUUCGAUGAGUCCUAAAGGUCAUCAUAAGUCAUUUUCCGAUGUUCCAUUACUUCCGGUACCCAAUGCUUCACCUCAACCAACACAAUUCUCACAUAAUCAACAGAUGCCAAUGAUUCCGUCUACUAUGGGAGGUCCGCCUCAUUAUAAUUCUAGUCAAAACAUGUACAUGAAUCAACAAACAGAUUACUACAGCGAAAGAAACAUGAACGCCCCAUAUAUGGGACAGUAUCAAAAUAAUCAACCGCAAUUUCAAAAUUUUAGUCAGACUGGUCAGACGAUGAUACCGAGCUACCCGAUGAAUCCACAGAUGCAGAGUCAAGGAUCAUCACAUGAAUUGCAUCAGCAGUACCAAUCAAAACUAUACAACCAGGAGGGACGAAAUUUAGCACCUCCUCAUUUUGUUAAUGCAUCUAACAAAAGAAUGCAAGGACAUAGAAGGACAAGAAGUGCUACUGUCUUACCACCAAAUUCGAAACGUAGUUUUGGGAGGUCGCCUGGUACUAUAAUUCAAGGGACACCUCGAAAACCUGUCAGUUUUUUGAUUCAUACACCAAAGCAUCCACCACCAACUUGA